GCCCACGACCCGGUGCUGACAGCCCUCGCACAGCUUGGUGUCAUCAGGCUAGAUGCACGUCGAUGUCUCGUGUCAGUCUUCGACCGAAGGCGCCAACUGGUCAUUGCCACAGCCACCAAAAGCUCGUCUCUGCUUGACAACACGAAGUCGCAUGGCCAGACUUCGGGAGGUACCACGGCUAUCCCCCGCAGCCUGGGUGUUUGCGAGCAUGUGCUCUUCGCAGAAGCUUCAGACCAAGGCCGAGACGAUCUCCCGGUCUCACUUGUGCCAGACCUUUCACAGGAUCCGAGAUUUUGCAAUUGCCCCCACGUUAUCCAUUCGCCAACAAACCGCUUCUAUGCUGGAGUUCCUCUCGUCACUCUAGAUGGGAUUAGGUACGGAGUCCUGUGCGUCAUGGACGACAGACCACGAUCUGUCCUAAGCGACGAACAACUACUCUUCUUCCAAGAGUUGUCGCGGACUGUCAGCCGCCACCUAGAGUCUCGUCGGCUAACCACAGCCUGCACGAGAGGAGAGCGCAUGGUCCACGGACUCGGCAGCUUCUUUGAAGACAAGAUCGCAAUUGCGCCACGACAAUCUGAUUCGACACCAGUUCCCCUGCAAUCACCGCCAUCGGCGCACGCUCCAGUUUCAACGGGACUUGGAGCCAAUAUGGCACAUACACCAUAUGGCAUUGAUCCGACCGUUUCCAACACUCCCUCAGCGAGCUCGGCCUCGACCAGAACAAUCCGCACACUAUCGUCCCUCCAAGAUCCCAUCUCUCGCGAUUCCAAGGCCAUCUUCGGCCGGGCCGCGAGCAUCAUCCGAGAAUCUGCGGAACUAGAGGGUGUGGUUUUUCUCGAUGCUUGCAUCUCGUCGUUUGGUGGUCUCGUGCUCGAUGAAGAUGGGGCCUGUCACAGUCCCAGCCUCGAACGACAGGGAGAUGCCCUCGCAGAGUCAUGGGGCGAACAUGGCAAAAGGAGCCCGAAGACCUGCCAUAUUCUGGGCUAUUCCACAAUUGCACAUACUAGCACCAACCAGGACUGCGCGUCGGUCAACAUCACGAUGUCUGAAAAGGCUCUUCAGUCGCUACUCAAGCGGUAUCCUUCUGGCAAAGUGUUCAUCUUUGACGAGGAUGGCUUUAGUCUUGAUGACAUGGACGAUGAGGAUGCUCAAGGCGAUAUCGCCAACAACCGUGACGAGGAUUUGGCGUCACAACUUCCCUUCACGCCAGGGACCAGUACCCUCUCAUUCGACACGCUACCUAACCUGUCUUCCCAGAAGCGUGAUUCGGAAUUCAUCGCCUCAGUCUUCCCGGGCGCUCGCAGCGUGUGCCUUGUCCCGCUGUGGGACGCACGCAAAGAGAAGUGGUUUGCCGGCUCGUUCAUGUGGACUAGCAACCCAGCUCGUUGUCUCACGUUGGGUGGCGAAAUGAGUUACCUCCGGGCCUUUGCGACAACCAUCAUGGCCGAGGUCGAUCGGCUCUAUACUUGCGUCUCGGAACGUGCAAAGAGUGAUCUCCUCGGCUCGCUAAGCCAUGAACUCCGAUCCCCGCUACACGGAAUUGUAACCGCUAUCGAGCUUCUCCAGGAUACUGAGCUGAAUGCCUUCCAAGGAGGGUUAUUGCAGACUAUGGACUAUUGCGGCCAUACCUUGCUGGACGUGAUCGAUCAUCUUCUGGACUACUCCAAGAUUAAUACACUUGUCAAGUCGAACCAUGGUGCCGCUUCACAUACCUCCACAGAAGGCAGUAGUCGAGAUACGCUUGAUCUGUUUCACACCCUCGAAUCCUUUUCACCAGCUAUAGAACUUGAUGUCUUGGUUGAAGAAACGGUGGAGAGUGUCCUCUCUGGGCUGCAGUCUCACGGUGCUAUUGAGUCCUCCAUGGGGCCGAACAGGUACUCGAGCGCUCCUCGCAGAUACAGUCCGCACAGAUCUAACUCUGUAGGAUCUUCCGAGUCGACUUUGACAUGGGCGUCAGAGUCGCUCACGGAAAGUGUAGGCCCUUCCGCGGUCUCUGUCUUCGUGGAAUGCGAUCCACAAGCCGCUUGGCAGUGCCAAGUUGAAGCAGGCGCCGUUCGCCGUCUCAUCAUGAAUCUUCUGGGCAACGCUCUCAAGUUCACUGACAACGGAUUUGUCAAGGUGAGCAUCUGGCAAGAACAACGACAAAGAAGCAAUCAAGCCUAUGCAAAUCAUCUGCUGCUCAAUGUCACGGACUCUGGCAAAGGCAUCCAUCCGGAAUUCCUGCGCCACCAGGCAUUCCGGCCGUUCUCUCAGGAAGAUUCACUAUCCCAGGGCACAGGGCUGGGACUCAGUCUGGUGAAGGAGAUUGUUCGGGCCCUGCAUGGGUCACUUCACAUGGAAAGCCAAGUCCACCAAGGCACUUCUGUUACUGUCGCGAUCCCGCUUACGGGCUUCACACCCCUAGCCCGUUCACUUACGCCUUUUGAGAAACAUGUCGUGGCACUGAAGGGGCUUCGGGUGUCCCUGCUUGGCUUCAAGACCGAACCUGCAGCUCCCGGUAUCGCCAGCGAGAAACCUCCGACGGAACUGGGCAUAAUCACUGCGAUAUGUCGUGACUGGCUUCAUUUAGAGAUCGUUCCGUCUGAUGCUGGUGACCUUCGGCCCGAUGCCAUCUUGUGUACCGGCCUCGCUGCGAGAUCAUUCAUGGUCAAGGCUAGGGAAUCGUUGCCGCCCAUCGUGGCUAUCUGUAGUAGCGCUGUGGCAGCCCAUGCCUGUUUUUUGCAGUUCAGUGAGGGCGAUCAAACCGGGGUUCUCGAAGCCAUUUCACAUCCCAUUGGGUCACGCAAGCUUGCAAAAGCUCUGGUGAUGGCUCUAGGCCGCUUCAACAACGCCAAGGGCUCUGAGCUAAUACGCCCGCCGCCACCACUAUCACCACCACCACCAGCAGCGAGCACGCGAGGCAAAUCAUGCCCAGCGUCCCCAGGGGCACAGAUCUUGUUAGUGGAUGACAACAACAUCAAUCUACAGAUCCUCGUGUCGUUUAUGAAGAAGCUCGGCCAUCGAUACCAAACAGCCACCAACGGCCUCGAAGCACUCGAGGCGUACAGCACAGUCCCGUGCCCUUUCAGCCACGUCCUGAUGGACAUCUCCAUGCCCGUCAUGGAUGGGUUAGAGUCGACGAGGCGUAUUCGCCAGUUUGAAGCGACAACGCGCAGGGGGCCGUCCAAGAUCAUCGCAUUGACGGGGCUAGCCUCUGUGGCUGUGCAGAAGGAAGCAUAUGCGAGCGGGGUGGACAUGUACAUGACGAAGCCGGUGCGCUUCAAGGAGUUGGCGCAAUUGCUUCCCAAGUGA